AAAACGACCCGAGAAUCUCUCCCCCAUACCCUAUAUGUAAGACUUUCCAAACCGUUACCCCCAUCUUCCAAAGUACCUCCUCCCUCUUUGUUUCACAAAACUUUUCUAAACAGAAAGGUACAGAGAUGGCGCCAAAACUUGUCACUGUUCUACUGCUCUUCUUCUUAGUUGCAGCCGUCCCAUGGGCUCAAAGCUCGGAAGCGGAUAACUGGGCCACAAGCAAGAAGUUCCCUAAGAAGACAGUGACCAAACUACAGUUUUACUUCCAUGACACAAUCAGCGGGAAGAACCCCAGCGCUAUUAGGGUGGCUCAAGCCGCUGGCACCCAGAAAUCUCCGACUCUCUUCGGCCUUGUCAUGAUGGCAGACGAUCCCUUAACGAAGACAGCCGAUCCGAAUUCAGAGCUCGUGGGCAGGGCUCAAGGUCUGUACGGGUCAGCAGGACAACAAGAACUUGGUCUCAUCAUGGCCAUGAACUAUGGAUUCACCCAUGGCAUCUACAAUGGUAGCAGUGUUAGCCUACUUGGCAAGAACCCGGCGACGCAUCCGGUGCGUGAGAUGGCGAUCGUAGGCGGAACAGGACUUUUCCGGUUUGCACGUGGGUAUGCCAUUGCCCAGACACAUUGGUUUGACGCCAACACCGGUGAUGCAAUUGUUGGAUACAAUGUCACGGUGGUUCAUUAGAGUACUGUUCUUUUUUUUUAAUUCCCUUAAUCUAUAAAAAUAUAUCAUUGCGUACAUAUAUAGCUUUUAUAUAUAUAUAUAUAUGAGAUGCAUCAAUACUAUACUCAUGCCCUAUUAAUUGAAUGUUA